AUGGAGUUUUCUCCACUGUUUGUCAACAAACUGACAUUGACAAGUCAACUCAUUCCAUCUAACUUGACCAAAUACCACCUUACAGUAAAAUGGGAUGACAGUACACAAAAGAUCAAUGGAAACAUUAUAGUUGCAGUCUAUGCAGCUCGCCGAGAGAUGGACAAGAACUACAUCACGUACUUUUACCCCAUCACGGGGAAAGACACAUACACAUUUGAUAAAGAGCUUCCAAAGGGGUAUUACGACGUCCGUGUUCUCUCAUACACGCUCGGGUUUACGUACACGUCCGCAUGUAUAUACACAUACCAGCGGUUAUUCACCAUCGACGAUUUUUUUUGUUGGUGA